GUCUUCACACUUCCACAUUCAUUACAUUCUCUAAACACAUUACAUUCUUUUAACGGACAAGCUCCCAUUUUUUUCACUCUUUCAAUAUGAAAUUCUCAAUUGUUUCUGCUGGUCUUUUGGCCGCAUUUGCCUCUGCUGCUCCAACCCCAACCUCUGACGAGAUCGUCAACCGCGCUGCUAUCGCUAAGCGUGCCACUGUCACCGACGCCUGCAACAUCGGUUACGCCAGUACCAACGGUGGUACCAAGGGAGGAGCUGGAGGAGCCACCACCACUGUCUCCACCUAUGCUCAAUUCACCAAAGCUGCCACUGCUGGUAACACCGUCGUUGUCGUUUCCGGUCCUAUCACCCAAGCUGCUUCCCAAGUCAAGGUUGCCAGUGACACCACCAUCAUCGGUAAAAACUCCAAGGUUGUUUUGACUGGUUUCGGAUUGCUCGUCAAGGGACAAUCCAACGUCAUCAUCCGUAACCUCGCCAUCAAGGAGGUUCUUGCCGCCAACGGUGAUGCUCUCGGAAUUCAAAAAUCCACCAACGUCUGGGUUGAUCACGUUGAUCUCUCCUCCAACAGAGACCACGACAAAGACUACUAUGAUGGACUCUUCGACGUGACCCACGCUGCUGACUACGUCACCCUCUCCAACUCUUACAUCCACGACCACUGGAAGGCAUCCCUCAUCGGUCACUCCGACUCCAACUCUGCUGAAGAUACCGGACAUCUCCGUGUCACCUAUGCCAACAACUACUGGAAAAACAUCAACUCCCGUGGUCCUUCUAUUCGUUUCGGUACUGCUCACUUCUACAACUCUUACCAUGACACUGUUGCCGACGGAAUCAACACCCGUGAUGGUGCUCAAGUUCUUGUUGAAUCUAACGCCUGGACUGGAUCCAAGAAGCCUUUGUACUCUACUGAUUCUGGUUACGCUGUUGCCAACGACAACGACUUUGGCUCUGGAUCCAACGAAGCUGAGAAGGGUACCAUGUCUGCCAGCAAGUUGGGAUACAAAUACACUCUUUUGGGCAGCAGCAAGGUUAAGGCCGCUGUUGUUGGAACUGCAGGUGUUACCUUGUCUUUCUAAAUUGAGAGUCGGCAGUACUCUUGAUUCUAUAUGGAUGAUAUGAGCACUAUUGAGGAAUGGGGCAGAGCUAGUACAGGGUACUUUAAGAUUCUUGGUGUAUAUAAAUUUUUGGUCAGCGACCGUAUAUAUAUAUAUAUAUAUAUAGAUGUGAAUAGACGGCUCUAGUAGCCAGUCAAUGGAAGAUUUUCACUCA